CCGCACACCUCCCCUCGUCGUCACCCUACACUCACCUUGAGUUAAGCAGGCAGGAUCACGGUUUUCCUCACCCUUGUUUCCAUGUUAGCAUCAUUGACGGAAAAUACUGAAAAAGGUAACGAAGAUAAACAUGUUUCGAAUCUCAGAUAUCCUUCAUCUAGUACAGGCCAUAAGCAACGCAAUCUAUCCUGUUUUCCCAUCACAGAAAGCUCCUCUCCCAAUCCAGCCAUUAUUCCGCAAAAGUAUCCAGUGGGGUCUUCUCUCGUGCCUCCGCAAGGAAUCCAGCCAGUGGGCCUUCGAAAUCCUCGCCCUUGUGCGGUCUGACGAGCGUCACCUCAACUGUCUCGCCGACACCCUUGUACCACAGAUCGGCGGCUGUCGAAUCGCUGCUGAUGUCCAUGUCGCGAAAGACAAGGAGCCCAGCCCAUGGUAUCUUGUUGGCAGGUGUGGUACUUUCGACCAGGCUCUACAAACGGCGGUGUCCAUCCCGGCUCGGACGCAUCGGGAUGUUGCAUCAGCCACCGACUUUGACCUCUUCCAGGAUAUGGCCGUGAUGAAGCGAGACGGCCUUCUCAGCCGAGAGAGUUGGGCUUACAAGCAUCUCUACCAGAAGAACUUGACCGGCCCGCCGAACAUCACUGCCCAGUACUAUGGCACUUGGGCCGUCAAGUUCCCCGCCGGCAAGACUCCCGAAGGGCGCGACCAGUACAAGACCGUGGCUCUCAUCCUCAUGGAGUACAUUGACGGCUACUCCAUCGAUGAUCUCUGCAAUCGAGAUGAGUACGGUGAUCUCGUCCCGGACGAUGAGUUGCCGUAA